ACUCACUUGCGCAUUAUAUCUGGUCCCUUGGAGUACAAACUUUACUGACAACUCUAGGACAUUUUAUCACAUAACAAGAAGACAUGGUGUCUGCUGGCUUUCAGAUCAUGGGCAUUGCCCUGGCCAUUAUUGGAUGGAUUGGAGUCAUCGUAGUAUGUGCUAUACCCCAAUGGAGAGUGACAGCAUUCGUUGGACAGAACAUAGUGACAGCUCAAACAACAUGGGAAGGCAUCUGGAUGACCUGUGUGGUGCAGAGCACGGGGCAGAUGCAGUGUAAGGUGUAUGACUCCAUGCUGGCUCUUCCGCAGGACCUACAGGCUGCCCGCGCUCUUACCAUCAUCUCCAUCUUGGUCGGCAUUAUUGGGAUUCUCCUGGCCAUCGCUGGAGGGAAGUGCACAAACUGUGUGGAGGACGAGACGGCCAAGGCCAAAGUGUGUGUGGCAGCAGGAGUCAUUUUCAUCAUCAGUGGAAUCCUGUGCUUGGUGCCCGUGUGCUGGACGGCCAACAGUGUGGUCAAAGAGUUCUACAACCCCAUGAUAGUGGGCUCUCAGAAGAAUGAGCUUGGAGCUGCUCUCUUUAUUGGCUGGGGCGCCUCAGCUCUGCUCCUGCUGGGUGGGGGCCUCCUCUGUGCAAACUGCCCUCCCAAGGAUAACUACUCUGCCAAAUACACUGCCUCCCGUGCUAGUGCUCCCAAGGACUAUGUGUGAGAAAAAGAAAAAGCUUCUACAAAGACUUGGUGAAUAUAUUUUGCCCAUUUGCUGUGCCAUUUUCAUUUCCUCAUUCAUUUGAAACAGCAACACUGCAAAAAAGGAAAGUGCCACACCCAGAUGUAACUGGACAGAGAAGGGACUUCAAAUACAUAGGCUACUGUUGAAAAUAUUUUAUGUCUUUUUCAGCCAUUUAUACUACAUCUAUUGUCUGUAAUUUCUGCUGUAAAUAAAUGUUUCAUUUAAAUAUU